GCGUCCUCUGCUUUUGGCGCGGUGAUGAUAGCGGUGUCGGCCAUCUUGGAGUCUCUUCAGUGUGUGUUUCGGAUUCUGAGAGCACGCGACUCAUUGAUUGACCUCUUGUCGUUAAAUAAGAAGAGAAGCCGUUUUCGCGUCACCGUUUGACAUUUAUACGUAGCUACUAUAUCUACGUUAGUGUUGUGUGUUGCUCUCCCGGAGGAUUGUUGAAAGAAACCGUCAUGGCGACCGCUACCCCGAGCCGUGAAGCUGGCCGGUCGGCGGCCUCCUCCACGCCUCUCUCCCCGACCAGGAUCUCUCGCCUGCAGGAGAAGCAGGACCUGCAGCACCUGAACGACCGGCUGGCCGUGUACAUCGACCGCGUCCGGUCCCUGGAGCUGGAGAACGACCGGCUGAUGGUCAAAGUGUCCGAGAAAGAGGAGGUGACGACCAGAGAGGUGGGCGGCCUGAAGGCUCUGUACGAGGCAGAGCUAGCUGAUGCUCGGCGGGUUCUGGAUGAAACGGCUAGAGAGAGAGCCAGGCUGCAGAUAGACCUGGGCAAGGCUCAGGCUGACCUGGAGGAGGCCACACGCAGUGCCAAGAAGAAGGAAAGUGACCUUGCAGCAGCCGUGUCCAGGGCCGGUGGGUUGGAAGCCCAGCUGAACAAGAGUGAGGCCUCUCUUUCUACAGCUCUAAGCCAGAAUGCUGCUCUGUCCUCUGAGCUGGCUGAUGUCAAGGGCCUGCUGGCUAAGGCGGAGGACAGCCAUGCUGUUGCUAAGCGCCAGCUGGAGGCGGAGACGCUGAUGCGUGUAGACCUGGAGAACCGCUGCCAGUCACUGAGCGAAGACCUGGAGUUCAGGAAGAGCAUGUUCGAAGAGGAGGUGCGCGAGUCGCGGCGUCGACAGGAGCAGAGGAUCGUGGAGGUGGACUCUGGAGUCAGACACGACUACGAGUUCAAACUGGCACAAGCUUUACAGGACCUGCGCAGGCAACAUGAUGAGCAGGUCUCUCUUUAUAAGGGAGAACUGGAGCAAACCUUCCAGGCCAAGUUGGACAAUGCCAAGGUGUCCUCUGAAAUCAACGACAAGGCAGUGGGCACAGCCAGGGAGGAGGUGCAGGAGUCCCGUAUGAGAAUAGAGAGCCUGGGAUAUCAGCUCAGUGCCCUGCAGAAACAGGUGGCUGCCUCCGAGGAUCGCAUCAGAGAGCUGGAGGAAGUUCUGUCUGCAGAGCGAGACAAGCACCGGCGUGCCAUGGAAGGAAAAGAACAAGAGAUGAGCGAGCUGAGAGAGAGGAUGAACGCUCAGCUCAGUGAAUACCAGGAGCUGCUGGAUGUCAAGCUCGCCCUAGAUAUGGAGAUCAAUGCCUACAGGAAACUGCUGGAAGGAGAGGAGCACAGGCUGAAGCUGUCUCCCAGCCCGUCGGCUCGAGUCACCGUUGCCAGGACAACAGGAUCCUCCUCCUCCCGCUCCUCCAAGAGGAAGAGGGCGGAGGUGGAGGCCAAGGAUCUGUCAGAAGUGACGAGAGGAGAGGGGCAGCUGCUCGUGUCUGAAGAAGCCACGGCCAGCGGCGCCGUCACCAUAUCGCCCACGGACAUGGACGGAAACGCCGUCACGCUGGCCAACGACUCUGAGCAGGACCAGCCGCUGGGCAGCUGGAGGUUGAAGAGACAGGUGGACGACGGGGACGAGGUGGUCUACAAGUUCUCCCCAAAGUUUGUCCUGAAGGCGGGCCAGACAGUCACGGUCUGGUCCGCUGAUGCUGGCGUGUCCCACAGUCCGCCGUCUGACCUGUUGUGGAAGAGUCAGACUUCCUGGGGCACAGGAAAUGACAUGAUUACCACUUUGGUCAACGCUGAUGGCGAGGAGGUGGCCACCAGACGCGUCACCAAGACUGAGAUGGAGGUGGAGAAUGGAGAGGAGGAGGAGGAAGAGGCACAGACGGGCAAGGUGUCCUCCAGAGAGUGUGCCGUCAUGUGAAGCCUUCCCCCUUUUGUGUCGGCUUUCACUUCCCCAUUAUAUAUAAAUAUAUAUUUCUCUAGAGCCACUCAGAUAUGAUCCUAUCCAUCGUCUAUCAUUAUGUGUUUGUUUUUUAUUGGACCGAUGGACUCUUUUUACAGCCCUCCACAUUUCUGGACCUUUUUUUUUUUUUAUAUAUAUAUAUAAAACAAGUCAUUUUCCUAAAUAUUACUAGCAAUGCCAAGGUCUGUGGAUCACAACGCCAACGACAGCUGGACGUCUAAAACUAAACUACUCUCCCGUGUUCGCCUGCGGUUCCCCUGUCCUCGACGCAGCGUAGAACACACCGUAGAACACAAUCUGGAGCCGUUGCUCAGAAAUCCACUGAAAAGAAAGCUGUCGUUAGAGUUCUGUACCCAGCGGACCUGCGCUGUAUCGCCGUAAAGAUGUGAAGAAGUCAGAACUGUAGUGUUGAACAAGUGAAAUCCAAACUUUUUUAUUUAUGCGCUUUUACCAGAUAUUUAUUCACGUCUUCCGUUGACAGGGCAGGUUGAGUCGGCUUUAUUUAUGCAGCCCGAUAUUACAAAUUGUCCACGGGCGUGCUUUACAGGAGGUUUGUUGGAGGGCCGUACAGCAUCCUCUGACCUCUGACCCUCCAUUCAGAUCAGGACAAACUCCCUCCCCUCCCCCAAAAUAAAAACAGUCGAAAUUAGAGAUUGAUUGGUGAUAAUAAUGAUGCAUUAUUGUGUGGGAGAGCUGAUUUCUUUAAUCUAAAAUGUGCUCAAUGUGUGCACAACAACUGAACUCCAAACCCCUCCCCAUUUCCCCAUCCCAAUCCCUCUGCUCCAUCUGGUGCCCGUCUUAAUGAAGGACCCGUGUUUUGAACCUUGUAGCAAAGGUUCGCAGAGGAGCAGAAGUUCUCUCUGGAACAGGAACACUACAGGUUAAUAAGUCUGACUGACAUCAGCGAUAUGUGUGCGCGUGCGACUCGUGCAGGCAGCCCGACCCCUCUCCGAGGAGGUAGGCCCGUGCUGCCUGCGAGCCACGCUUGGCGCCGGGACCCGCAAGUUGGAGUGGAAACCUCGGGUGCCCACUCGGGAGCAGCGGGCAGGGCUAACUGCUUCUGUCCGACAUGGAUCAGGUGCUUAUAUAUGUAACGAGAGGCACGGGAACACGUGCCGCACACCAGACCGGCUCCACGCCGCCUCCGGUAUGUUGAACUCUCGGAGCCGGUGAUGCUCGGAGAGGCCCGAGCCGUGUCUGAGCUGCGUCUCUCCGUUUUUCUCUUGCGCGCGUCUGCCUGCCGUGCUUUACAUUACUAGUUAUUUUUCUAUAGAGUGGCUGUCUGUCUCUGUAAUCAAUUUGUUUACACAAGAUAAUUAAUUUCUUAUUUAGGGUUUUAGGAUUUCUGGGAGGAUUUAAAAGUUGCGUGUUUAUUACCUCUUUUUAAAAAUCUAUCGAGGGUUCUGAUGAACCAGUACUGAACCGAACACUCCUGCGGCUUCUGCCGAGAGCUUCAAAGUGGUCCCACGCUCGGGUCCCUGCAGCCUGGCAGCGUGGGCCGCCGCUAAACUGACUAUUACGUUUUAUAUAUUGAUAACUGAAAUAUGAUGGCAUUUCAGCCCCUCCAGGAAUGAAAGCGUACAGCCAAUGCCAAUUUUAGAAUGACGAAGCAAAAUUAAAGUUGAUCUGGAACUCCAGUAAGGGUCAAUCUCCCUGGAACUAAAGUACAAUAAGAGUUUGCAGCAGAGAUGAAAUGUGCAAACAUAACUGAAAUCAGUUUCCCAUGUUUCUGGAGGGACUGUCAAUGUGACAAGGCUGUUUGUGAUAUUUCAUUUAACCUAGUGUUAAUGCUCGGGU